AGUCUUCUGUCUUUUUCUCUUUCACCAUAACCAAUGAAUACAAGCAGACAUGAAUCAUAUGAUGUAUCUGUUUAUCUACCAAUCUUAUAAAUUACAAUAGUUGACUAACUUCACACGAUAUCUCCACUGUGUACAGUAUAAGAUCGUCUUUCAUAAUACUCCAAGUCUCUCCAAUUGUGUGGUGAUUUUGAUUUUUGUUAUUAAUGCUGUAAGAAGACUGAGAAUGAACCCUACAAACAACAACGUGGGUUCAAUCUAUGAGUUGCAAUCACAACACCAGAUUAACAUUCGUGGCGUUUCUCAUAAUCAUCAUCCACCACCACUUCCAUUGAAUCUACCUCGUUCAGAUCUACUUGUUGGAAGAAGAGAAGAUUACAACGAUAUUUGUGUUCCUACUUAUAAAGCGACAAUAACUGGAAAUUGGAAAGCUGCUAAAAUCAUACUUGAUAAACGAAGAGAGCUUGUAAGGUUUAGCAUCACUGAAAGUUACGAUACUGUUCUUCACAUUGCUGUAAUGGGGAAAUCAUACUGGUUUGUGGAAUAUCUGGUGAGUUUAAUGGAAAAAGAAGACUUAGAACUUCAAAAUCAAAAAGGUCAAACUGCUCUCUGUUUAGCUGCCAUAGCUGGAAAUGUCAAAAUAGCUACGAUUUUGGUGAAUAAAAACAGAGCCCUUUUGGAUAUUCCUGAUAGUAGAGGAAUGAUGCCACUUUACAUGGCUGCUUUAUUUGGAAAACAUGAUAUGGUGAGGUUUCUUUAUCAUAAUUCCCGGAAUAUGAGUGGUGAUUUUUGGACACAUCAUAAUCGAGGUUGUGUUCUUGUCAAAUGUGUUGAAGCUAAUCUAUUUGAUGUUGCAUUACAAAUUGUGACAGAUCGACCCGAACUUGCUAUAAAUGGAAGUGUACUUGGACUAUUGGCUCGAAAACCUUAUGCUUUUGAUACUACAAGAAGUCAUAUAUUCAAGAGAAUCGUAUACUCAUUUUUGGAAGCAUGUCAUCUAAAGGUUGGAAUUCCCGACAUGGAAAGUUACGCCCUACAAUUACUAAGAGUCAUUUGGGCAGCGAUUGUGAAACUACCAAAAGCUCAAAUUGAUGAAAUAAUAAGGGGCCCACCGGAUCAACCAAAGGAUGAUAUAAAGCAAACACGCGAUGAAAAGGAAAAACAAGAAACACUUCUACUACUAAGAACCAUAUCAGACAACAUUAUAAAAAUGCCUUCAAGAAUCUACAACCUAUUCCGAUGCCCUACUGAUGAAAACGCAGCCACUUCGAAAACUGUAAAGCAAAAAUACUCAUCGCGAGUGUUAUUUCUUGCUGCAGAAAUGGGUAACACUGCUUUUUUAGUGGAGGUUAUUCGGCAAUAUCCGCAUUUAGUACGUGAGGUAAAUGAUAAUAACCAUAGUAUAUUUCAUGUUGCUGUGUCACAUCGUCAUGAAGGGAUCUACAAUUUAUUGUAUGAGAUAGGCGCGCUGAGGAAUUUGAUUAUUACUCUUGAAGAUAAAAAUGGGAAUAAUAUUUUGCAUAUAGCUGGGGAGACUCCGAAGAUUAAUAGACUACAGAAUAUCCCGGGAGUUGGUCUUCAGUUGCAUCUAGAAACAUUAUGGUUCAAGGAAGUAGAAGCCAUACUUCCUCCACCUUUUCGGGAAAAAAAGAACACAGCGGGCUUAACACCACAUGAAGUAUUCGUGAAAAACCACAAAGAAUUAUUUUCAAAAGGUGAAGAGUGGAUGAAGGAAACAGCCGCCCAAUUAAUGGUGGUUGCAUCACUUAUAGCCACCAUAUCAUUUGCAGCUGCAUUUACAUUUCCAGGUGGAUACGACCAAGUAACUGGGAUGCCCAUUUUCCUCAAAAAAAAUCUUUCAAAAAUCUUCAUAAUAUUCGAUGGCUUAUCAUUUAUAUCCGCCACAGCUUCAAUCCUCUUGGUGUUAUCUAUUUUGGGAUCCGAUUACACUGAACAUGAUUUCAUGAUUUCGUUACCUCAACAACUUAUGAUGUGUUUAGCAUCACUUUUCAUCUCUAUAGCCACCAUGAUCCUCACUUUUCUCAUCAACUUUUUAUUACUUUAUCAAAAUAAUUCUAAAUGGAUACCGAUUUUUAUCAGUUGUUUUGCUGCGGUUACGUAUAUGAUAUUUGGUAGCCCAAAGUUUCCUCUUUUGGGUCGGUUCUUAUAUGGUUCUAGGUUUCUUUUUGAAAGGGAGAAAGGAAUGCUUAAGAAACCCAUCUUUUAAGUGCCAUUGUAAACGCAAUUUUGUCAGUGUUAGAUGUUAGAAUUAUUUUGUAUUGUUUUUGUAAUUAUAGUAUACAUUAGGGGCUAGUGAUGUAAAUGUAUACCCAGAUAUUUGUCAAAAGACAUUAUAUAUGAUGAUGUUUUGGCCCUCAA